CGCGCACGCCGAGUGACGCUCGGAGGAGGAAGCGCAACCCCUUCCCCUCCCCGGCUACCCGAGGCUCAGCGGGAGCCCCCCCAGUGCGCCUGUGCGGAGGCCUACUUGAUUAUGUGUGCCCUCUCCGGGCGCCAGCGUUAGCGGCCGGGUGGAGGUGGGGUGGGAAGACGCCGAGGAGGAGGAGGAGGCGGAGGAGGCGGUGGAGGGGAGGUGGGGGGAGUCAUCAAGGACAUGGCUCCUGACUCCUGUGCGGAACGUGAGUGACUGAGCAGCAAAGCCCGAAUGGUCUCUAGCGACCGGCCCGUGUCACUGGAGGACGAGGUCUCCCAUAGUAUGAAGGAGAUGAUUGGAGGCUGUUGCGUUUGCUCAGACGAGAGAGGCUGGGCCGAGAACCCGCUGGUUUAUUGCGACGGGCACGGCUGCAGCGUCGCGGUGCAUCAAGCUUGCUAUGGCAUUGUUCAAGUGCCCACAGGACCAUGGUUUUGCAGGAAAUGUGAAUCUCAGGAGAGAGCAGCUAGAGUGAGAUGUGAACUGUGUCCCCAUAAAGAUGGAGCUUUAAAAAGAACAGAUAAUGGGGGUUGGGCUCAUGUGGUUUGUGCCCUGUACAUCCCAGAGGUACAAUUUGCCAAUGUUUCUACAAUGGAGCCAAUCGUUUUACAGUCUGUCCCGCAUGAUCGUUACAAUAAGACUUGCUACAUUUGUGAUGAACAAGGAAGAGAAAGCAAAGCUGCCACUGGUGCUUGCAUGACAUGUAAUAAACAUGGAUGUCGACAGGCUUUCCAUGUAACAUGUGCUCAGUUUGCUGGAUUACUUUGUGAAGAAGAAGGUAAUGGUGCAGAUAAUGUCCAGUACUGUGGCUACUGUAAAUACCAUUUUAGUAAGCUGAAAAAGAGCAAACGGGGAUCUAAUAGGUCAUAUGAUCAAAGUUUAAGUGAUUCUUCCUCUCACUCUCAGGAUAAACAUCAUGAGAAAGAGAAAAAAAAAUAUAAAGAGAAGGACAAACACAAACAAAAACACAAGAAGCAACCAGAACCAUCACCUGCAUUGGUUCCAUCAUUGACUGUUACUACAGAAAAAACUUACACAAGCACUAGCAACAACUCUAUAUCUGGAUCAUUGAAGCGCUUGGAAGAUACGACGGCAAGAUUUACAAAUGCGAAUUUCCAGGAAGUGUCUGCACAUACUUCUAGUGGAAAAGAUGUUUCAGAAGUUAGAGGAUCUGAGGGCAAAGGCAAGAAAUCUUCAGCUCACAGCUCAGGUCAACGAGGAAGGAAGCCUGCUGGUGGAAGAAAUCCAGGAACAACUGUGUCAGCAACUAGCCCCUUUCCACAAGGCAGUUUUUCAGGAACUCCAGGCAGUGUAAAAUCAUCCUCUGGAAGCUCAGUACAGUCUCCCCAGGAUUUCUUGAGCUUUACAGACUCAGAUCUGCGUAAUGACAGUUACACUCACUCCCAACAGUCGUCAUCAACCAAAGAUGUACAUAAAGGAGAGUCUGGAAGCCAGGAAGGGGGGGUAAAUAGUUUUAGUUCCUUAAUUGGUCAUCCUGUGACCUCAGCUGUUAUUUCCCAGCCUAAAAGCUUUGAAAAUUCACCUGCAGAUUUGGGUAGCUCCAGCCUUCCUACAGCAGGAUAUAAGCGAGCUCAAACUUCUGGCAUACAAGAAGAAACUGUAAAGGAAAAGAAAAGAAAAGGAAAUAAACAAAGUAAGCAUGGGCCUGGCAGACCCAAAGGGAACAAAACUCAAGAGAAUGUUUCUCAUCUCUCAGUUUCUUCUGCUUCACCAACAUCAUCUGUAGCAUCAGCUGCAGGAAGCAUAACAAGCUCUAGUCUUCAGAAAUCUCCUACAUUGCUCAGGAAUGGAAGUUUACAGAGUCUUAGUGUUGGCUCAUCUCCAGUUGGUUCAGAAAUUUCCAUGCAGUAUCGGCAUGAUGGAGCUUGUCCAACAACUACUUUCUCAGAGUUGCUGAAUGCAAUACACAAUGGCAUUUACAACAGCAGUGAUGUAGCAGUGUCCUUCCCAAAUGUCGUGUCUGGCUCCGGCUCCAGCACGCCUGUCUCCAGCUCUCACUUACCUCAGCAGUCUUCUGGGCAUUUGCAGCAGGUGGGAGCGCUCUCCCCUUCAGCUGUGCCGCCUGCAGCCCCUGCUGCUGCCACAACUCAGGCAAAUACCCUGUCUGGAUCUUCUCUUAGUCAGCCACCAUCGCAUAUAUAUGGCAAUAGAUUAAAUCCAAAUCCAUCAAUGGCAGCUCUCAUAGCACAGUCUGAAAACAAUCAAACAGAUCAAGAUCUUGGAGACAAUAGCCGAAACUUAGCUGGCCGAGGAAGCUCACCCCAGGGAAGCCUCUCACCCCGAUCCCCUGUAAGCAACUUACAGCUUCGCUAUGAUCAACCAGGCAACAACAGUUUGGAGAAUCUGCCACCAGUAGCAUCCAGUAUAGAACAGCUUUUGGAGCGGCAGUGGAGUGAAGGACAGCAAUUUUUAUUAGAACAGGGCACUCCUAGUGACAUUCUAGGAAUGCUGAAGUCAUUACACCAACUUCAAGUUGAAAAUCGAAGAUUAGAGGAACAAAUUAAAAACUUGACUGCCAAGAAGGAGCGUCUACAGUUACUGAAUGCACAGCUUUCAGUGCCUUUUCCAACAAUAACAACAAAUCCUAGUCCAUCUCAUCAGCUACAUGCAUUCUCAGCACAGACUGCUCCUACUAGUGACUCCUUGAACAGCAGUAAGAGCCCACAUAUUGGAAAUAGCUAUUUGCCCGACAAUUCUCUUCCUGUAUUAAAUCAGGACCUUACGUCCAGUGGCCAAAGCACCAGCGGUUCUUCGGCUCUUUCUACCCCACCGCCCGCUGGGCAGAGCCCAGCUCAGCAAGGCUCAGGAGCCCCUGGCGUUCAGCAGGUCAAUGGCGUGGCAGUGGGGGCGCUAGCUGGUGGAAUGCAGACUGUGACAUCCACUAUUCCCUCCGUGUCUGCAGUGGGCGGAAUAAUUGGAGCUUUGCCAGGUAACCAACUGGCAAUUAACGGCAUUGUAGGAGCUUUAAACGGGGUUAUUCAGACCCCUGUCACAAUAUCCCAGAACCCUGCCCCCCUCACCCACACGACUGUACCACCUAACGCAACGCAUCCAAUGCCAGCUACACUGACUAACAGUGCCUCGGGACUAGGAUUACUUUCUGACCAGCAAAGACAAAUGUUUAUUCAUCAACAGCAGUUUCAGCAAUUGUUAAAUUCACAACAGCUCACGCCAGAACAGCACCAAGCUUUUCUGUACCAGCUGAUGCAGCAGCGCCACCCGCCAGAGCUGCAGCAGCUCCAGCUCCCAGGCCCGGCACAGAUCCCCAUCAACAACCUUCUGGCAGGCACUCAGGCACCCUCGCUGCACACCCACACUGCAGCCACCAACCCCUUCCUCACCAUCCACGGGGACAGUGCAAGCCAGAAAGUCUCAAGACUUAGUGAUAAAACUGGACCGGUAGCGCAAGAGAAAAGUUGACACUUGAAGCACCUAAAGCAUUUCCUAUCCUGCUGUUCUGGCACUUCUCUGGCUGCUGCCACAGUCCUGUUCCAGCUAUGAAGAGAGGCAACAAGAAACCGCACAGCAAAGGAUGGCCAGAAGGACAUUCUUGUAAGGCUUUGAUUUUCUUGUUGCUUUGUUGCACUGAAGUGGAAUUCCCACUCCCCAUCCAAAGUAUUUGAACUUUGAAAGAAAAUUUAAUAAUUAUCUCUUGUCAGUGAAAUAAUUCACAUAUAGAGAGUUUUAUCAACCCAAGAAAACUUUUAUAUAGUUGGUGCAAAAUUGAAGACUUUUUCAUUUAUGAACUUUUUGGUUUUCUUAUACAAGUUGGAAUCUGAAAUUAUCUUGUUUGGGAUACAGUAUGCUUGCUCUUGUGAGUCAGAUCUUAAAUUUUAAGGAACUGUCUUAAUUCUCCUGGAGUUUUAUUCAUUAAAAAUUAACAAUUAUAUCGGUCAUCCAACUGGUACUUUUUUCCUUUCUAAAGAGAUCUGGCCUGUUUUGAUAAUCAAGUUUGGAGGGAAAUGUCUGCUUCUGCUAAAGGUAAUUUUCUUUCUAAAUGCCUUUUAAGUGUUAAGACCUACUUAUAUUUGAAAGAAACAUGUGUUAAGUGAGUUUGAAGGCUGCUGGGGUAACCAGAUCAACUCAAAGUGAAAGAUUUUUUUCAGAAAGAGAGGCCGCUCUGGAAACUACUGGUAGGGUCUGGCCUUAAUCAAGUGCCUGUUAGGACCUCCCUGAGUUGCAGCGGCUCUAUGGACAGCAGAGCUCCAACUAGUCAGUCCUUGUAAGUGGCAGGAAUGGCUGUGAGCAGCAGCAGCAGCAGCAGCAGCAGCCGCCGCCUUCCCCGUGCUUGCUUGCUUCUGCCUUUGUUGAAAACUUUCUGUGCCACUGUAGAUAGCUCAGGCGAAACUAUUACCUGGGUAUUGUCCACUAAUGAGUCACAAGAAAUGAGUGGAUCUGGUUAGUUUUUGUGUUUUGUCUAAACACCAAUUAAAAUAGACCCCGGCCACUAUGGCUCCAUUGACUAGGGUGAAAUCAGACUUUACUUACAGUCCUUCCACUUUGGGUAGCCAUGCUCUUGAUGUGACAGUACAGCAGAAUAACAAAAAAAACCGAGAUGUAAUCUGUACUUAAAUGUGUGAGUUAUUAGUGGAAAAGACCCAGCUGUAAUUAGACCUCCACUGUGUACUUAGCUGGAAGAACAUGUUAAUUCUGCAAUAUGUUUCUUGGUUAAACAUUGCACAGUUCUUACCUCAUUUCUGUAAAUAAUGUUUUGUGAAUCUGUUUUGUAUUGUGAAAAAUUCAUAAGAUAACAUUGAUAUUUUGAUUUGUAAUAUUUCUAAUUGGUAGAUUUAACUGAGAAAAGUAAAAUUAAUUUAUUUUUAUAUGUUCAGGGGAAUUUUAAAGAAAAAUCAAAUCUUUUGUAGAUAAUUAAAAAAAAUCAGUGGCUUAUUUUACUUAUUUAACCCACUGGUUGUUAUUCUGUAACAAUUUGUAUAAAUGGUAAAUUUUGAAUGUGUUGUUAUUUUACCUAGAUGUAAAAUUCCACAUGUAUUAAAAUGUACAAAGUUUUUGUUAAUAAAAUAUAAUAAUGUUCGUAA